AUGAGGGUCCCCAAGAGGAAGGCCCUCAACGGCCAAGAUGGCGCAUCUUCCCUCGCGGGUGCAGCCAAGCGGGCUCGCGCUGACGAGCUCACCGGCAUGCAGUUCAAGGCUCAGCUGAGGGACUCACAGAACGCGGGGCCAGCCUUGGAAACAUUUGUCUCUGCUGCCAAGAAGCUGCCUCAAGAAGGGGUGUAUGAUGUGGUGGAAGGAUAUAUAAAGAUUUCUCUUGAGUGUGCAGAAAUUUUCCAGCUCCUGAGUGGAGAAAAGCGACCUGAAAGUGAGAUACUACUAAUAUUUCAAGUUUUUGAGGCCAUAUUACUGCGAACUGCAAGCGAUCUUUCACAUUUUCAUGUUGUAGGAACCAACAUUGUAAAAAAGCUCAUGAAUAACCACAUGAAGCUCAUCUGUGAGUCCCUGUAUGCCUCAGGCUACAAGUUGGCUCGAGCCUGUCUGAACCUAAUGGCGGCCCUGGUGGCCCAGGGGACCGAAGCUGCCAGGGAUGUCUGCAGCCACUUUGAUUUAAAUAAAAAGUCCUUAUUUGCCCUGGUGACCAAGCGGGAUUCUAAGGGCGUGUCUGAUGUUCGGCUGGCCUACAUCCAGUUUGCCCUUUCCUUCUUCAUUGCUGGUGAUGACAGCACCAUCGUGCAAGUACUCGAGUUGAAAGAAUUCAUUCCCUGCAUUUUUAGCUCAGGCAUAAAGGAAGAUAGGAUUUCUACUAUCAAUCUCUUGUUAUCCACCUUGAAAACAAAGGUAGUUCACAAUAAAAACAUCACAAAAACACAGAAGGUGCGUUUCUUCACCGGGCAGGUACUGAGCCACAUAGCAUCUCUGUACUCCUGGAAGGGGAUUGCAGACGUGGACACAGACAACGUCAAGGCUUCUGCUGAAGAAGCCGGGAAAACCAUGGUGCGGGAGCUGGUUCAUAACUUUCUGAUGGAUCUUUGCUGUUCGCUCAAGCAUGGGAUUAAUUUUUAUGAUGCUUCUUUUGGUACCUUUGGAAGAGGAGGAAACCUGACGCUCUUGCACUUCUUGUUGAGUCUGAAAACAGCAGCAGAUGAUGAGCUGGUGGCUGAGCUGGUGGUGAACGUCCUGAAAGUGUGCCCUGACUUACUGAACAAGUAUUUCAAGGAAGUGACAUUUUCCUUCCUCCCGAGGGUGAAGUCAGCUUGGUUAAAUAAUAUCAAACUACUAAACAAGAUCUAUGAGGCCCAGCCAGAGAUUUCCCGGGCAUUUCAGACCAGAGAGUUUAUUCCCUUGCCUCGACUCCUCUCAAUGGUGAUGGUGACAACCGUGCCCCUGGUCUGCAAUAAAAUCAUGUUCACCCAGGCUUUAAAUUUGGACAGCAAAUCAGUAAAACACACAGCUUUAUCCCUUAUUUCUGCCAUUUUGAAGAGAGCAUCAAAGAAUAUUGACUAUUGCCUGGAUAAAGAGGUGUGGCAAGAAUCAGGUGUGUACACAUCUGUGAUGAUGGAGGAGUUCGUGCAGCUCUUCAGAGAAGCCCUGAGCAAGAUUUUACCAGACCUGAACACUAUUGUUUGGGUCUGGCAGUCUCUCCGAAAACAAGAGACCAAACAGGAUGAUGAGAAAGGAAAGAAGAGUGAUGUGACUUCAGCUGCCAGCAUCGUUCCCCAGAAUGAUGAUGCAGAAACCAUUCUUUUGAAAGCUGUUCUGCUCCAGGUCAUAUGCCUGUACCAGAAGGUGGUCCCCCAUAUGGUCAUGCAGUACAACUUUGACUUCAGCAAGCUCCUGAAAGGUGUCAUCUCAGAGCAGGGCCUUCGCGACGAGGUCCCUCCCAUUCUGCAACACCACAUUCUGAAGGUGGCCCUGGAGCUGCCUGCCAGCAAGUUCUUAUGGCUAAAGGCACAGGAAGGCCCAGAUGCAGAAGUUGUUGGAGGAGAAAGAUCCGUGUUUUACUUAUUGAUGAAAAUGUUUGUGACCAGUAGUCAUUCACAACUCAAGUCAUCCACCAAACUUCUGAUCAUAAAGAUUCUACGUGAUACUGGGGUGUUUGAGCACACCUGGAAUGAGCUGGAGCUGUGGCUGGAGCACCUGGACAACACUGUGGAGAAGAAAAAAGAAACUGUGAUUCAAUUUUUGGAAAGUGUUUUAUUGACAUUGGUGGCGAAUCCAUAUUCAUACACAGACAAAGCAUCUGAUUUUGUUCAGGAAGCCAGCACCCUGCAAACCACUAUGACAAAGCAAGAUGCCGACGACGUUAGCAUCCCUGUCUCCCACAUUGAUGAUGUCCUGGACAUAGUGGACGUCCUGGUUGAGGGCAGUGAAGGCUUGAAUGAGGAAAUCGGGUUCUCAUUGAACGAAGAUAUGAUCUUGCUCACAUUCCCAUUCAGUGCUGUGAUACCUGCAGCCCUGGAAGCUAGAAAUAAGUUACUUCUUGGGAAAAAAAAGAAAGCAGGAGCAAGCAUUGUGGCAUACCUGACGGCAGUGUUGACAGACCUCCUCCACACCCAGAGAGACCCCCUGGCUCUGUGUCUUCUGCUCCAGGCUUAUGAUAAGUUAGAACCCACAGGCUCACUCUGGUGCAAGCAGCUCUGCCGGUUUCACAAAUACUAUAGCCUCUGGAUCCCAGAGCAAGCCCGAGAAACCUUGCCUCUUCAGACCUUGGGCAGCAUUGCGCCCUGUGCGCCUUCCUCAGACUCCUCCUUUGCUACCCUGCUGAAGACGGCCUACGAGAGCAAGGAUGCACUCCUGGACAAGGGUGUUCAGGCACAGCUGCAGACGGCCAUCCUGCACCUCCCACUGCGCCAGGUCCUGCGCGCGGUGAAACACGUGCUGCUUUACCUCAGGACCACUGUGGAGAAUUUCAGCCAGCUAGGCAAAAGUGUGGGGCCGCCCCUCCUACAGCUCUUCAUGGAUCUCCUCCGGGGCCUGCUUGCCCACUGUGAGCAGCUGGAUGCCCAGAACCAGCAGAGAUGCAAGGCUGCCCAGGAUGAAGCUGACCUCUUCUUGGACGUGGAGUCCUUUGCCUCCCUGGAGCUGGCCAGUGACAAGACCCUGGAGGAGGUGCUCACGGCCAUCCUCAGACACCCCACACUAGAGAGCUGGUUCCUGGCCUUGGAGCGGCAGGCCCUCCCCCUGCACACCCUCAGCCCCAUCCUUGUAAAGCUCCUGGCAGCCCAUCUGAGUGCAGGGGUCCUUCAGCUUCUGGUCACGAGUGCCCCAAUCCUCCGGAACAUAGGCCAGCAGGGCCUCCUCCGCAAGUACUUGGAGGCUGUCACCCAAAGCGUUCUGAAAGAGCUGCAAGUCAGGAAGGCAGCCCCAACCACAUCACUACCCAAGGCCCUUCCACAGCUGGAGGCCCUGCAGGCACUGCAUCCGUACAUGGAGGGCACCCAGCUCCGUGAGGUCACCCAAGCCCUCCUGGGCCUGCCCGAGGCCUGCCUGGUGACCCAGUGGCCAACAAAGUCCCCUGAGCAGGGGAGACACCUGAACAUUCUUGGGAGGACACUGGUCCAACUGCUGACCAGUAGCCCCCAGGACCAGCUGCCAAGUGGUGAGCUGCUGUGGACCUCUGAGUAUGUGAGGAGUCUGGGAGUGUUGCUGCCCACACUGGCCAUGGAGGAGUUGGACAGAGUGUUCUUCCAGACUCUACAGAGAGACCCUGAGCUGGCCUCCGUGGUUGGGGUCAGCCUCCUUGACUACUGCCUGGCUCGGCAGACACCGGCAACCCUACACAUCGUCACCUUACUCCUUCAGCAAAGCUGUACCCACCUGCUGCGUUUCGAGCUCUGGUGCCUGCAGGCUGGCUCUAGGCUCAUCCUACAGGAGGACCUCAGUGCCUUCCUCCCCCUCAUCCACAUGUACCUCCAGUGCCGAUCUCGAGGACACUUCACGCGCCUAGCAAGAGUUUCCUCUGCUGUCACUCCUGUCUUGAGAAAGGCCUUGUGGAGGCAGCUGCAGAGGCGACUUCUCAGUGCUGAUGGCCCCCCAGAGUCUGGGCUGCAUCAGGAGGUCCUGUCCCAGCUCGUCCCAUUCGCAAGAACCAAGGAUCUCAGGGUUCUCAUGGAGCAUUUGCCCGCCUUGCUUCAAACUCCAAGCAGUCAUAAGAGUUGGAUUGUGGCUGACUCUGUCUCGAUAGUCUUGGAAGGGUCAGCAGAAGAGCUGCAUGCCUGGAAAAAGAUUCUUCUGGAAUCAUGUAUAAAAUGGCUGAUUAUGUCUUUUAGUAGCCAAGAGGAUGGUAACAAUACUCAGGAUCAAGAGAGGCAUAUGCUGCUGAGAUUAAAUGAACUUCUGCAUUCACUUAAUGAAGUUGAUCCUGAUGAUUGGCAGAAAUUUGUGAAGACUGGACUCAAAUUCCGUUAUCAGGACCACACGUUCUUAAAGGCACUCCAUGAUGCUAUACAGCUCCUGUAUUUCCCGGAAAGACCCCUACGCACCAAGUUCAUCCAGCUCUCUGUGGUUCACAUGAUGCUCAUCCAGCAUUCUCUAUUUUUGUCAAGUAUGCUGAAGUCCGAAGGAGAGGAAAACCCAGACAGCCAAGUAAAAGAAGCGCUGGUGGACCUGAUGUUGGCGAUAGUAAAGAUGUGCCCCUCUGUCUGUGAGAGCAGCCACUUUGCAGUGCUUCUUGGGGCCUAUGGUGCCACACUCAGCAUCUUGGACCAGAAGAUUUUACUACUUCUCCGGGAGUAUGAAAAGAAUGACCUCAGCCUCAUCAACUUCAGGGUGCUGCUAUGGGGCCCAGCGGCUGUGGAGCAUCACAAGACAUGCCGGAGCCUGGGUAAGUCACUGUGGCAGCAGCCAAGUGUUGGAGACAUCCUCCGCUUGCUGGAUCGGGACCAGAUGCUGAAGACUAUUCUCCAUUUUCCCCAGAAUCGGAAGCUGCUACCAGCCGAGGAUGCACAGGAAUUGAUAUUUAAAGACAAGAGCACAGUGGAACUCAAUGACCUUUAUGACCCCUGCUUUCUACUUCAUCUCUUCAGUGAAUUGACCAGGCCAGAAUUUAUGGUGGAUUGUCGAAAGUUUUUGGAUUCAAAUUCUCUCGGCCUGACAGUUGCAGCCCUCAGCAGUUAUGACCCCAAGAUGCGGGCCGCUGCCUACUACGUGCUAGCAGCCUACUACUCACAUCUGGAGGGGGCAAGGUUCCGCGAGCAGUCUCAGCUUCUUUACCUAUUGGACGUAGUCCGGAACGGGAUCCGAUCUCAGAACAUGAGGCUCACUUUCUCUUUGGCGCUCUUCAUUGCUAAAGCAGCCCUGCAGAUUUUGAAGCCAGAGGAACACAUGUACCUAAAGAUCAGCAAGUUCCUGCUGUCACAUCAGGAUCUGAAUAUGAACAAAGUUCCAGGCUUCUACCAGUUCUUCUACAGCUCAGACUUUGAGCAAAAAACCGAGCAGGAGUGGGUGCUAGGCGUUCUGCGGCAGGGGAUUCGAGACAAGCACUGCUAUGAGCUGUAUGCCAGACAGGGCAUCUUCCACGUCAUCCUGUCCUUCUUCAACAGCCCACUGUGUGACGAAGCAGCCCAGAAUUGGAUACUAGAAAUUCUACAGAACGCUGCCCAGGUUGCCAAAUCUGCCUAUGAAAUCAUACGAGACUAUAGCCUCCUAACAUGGAUUGUACACAUCCUCGAGAGCAGGUUUCUGGAGACGCAAUUGCUCUCUAAUGUCAUCUCUUUGGUACACACUCUGUGGGUGACCAACCUAGGAGACAGGAUGGUGGAGACAGAAAGCCAGCCCCCUUGUAAGCCGGGGUCCCGGGAUCCCCCAAAGCUGCUCGCCCUGCACCUUGUGGAUGAGUUCCUUUUUGUUCUCAUUGCACUCACGAAGCACCUAAGGUCUACCUUGGACCCUGCCCAGGUGACCAACUUCUUCUGGGCACUGGAUUCCAUGCUGAGAUACCGGGCCACCGUCAUUCUAGCCUUCAAGGAGAUGAAGCGAUUCACCGUGAAUGAGAAGGUGCUUUCCACCAGAGAUGCCCUUGUUCUCUUGCACAAGUGGAGCCUCUUUGAAAGAGACAUCAAACUCCAGGAAGACCUGAAAACAACUGCUGAGAAACACCAAGUCAAGGAGCUCAUGAAAAUGAUCAAGGAUAAGAACAAGCCCAUUGGGCCAGCCCGAGCCAAAGGCCCUCGGGGCCGAAAGAGGAGGCCUGGGGAAGCAGAAGAGACGGCUGCCCCCAAGCUAAAGGCAGCCAACCUGGACACCUGCAGAAGUCUUCUGAGGUCCAUUUUGACUCACUGGGGGCCUGUGUUGUCUAGCCCUGAGCCUUGUCCAGAGCCCACGGAUAGUGCCAACCCUGAGAGCAGUGCCCCAGGUCUUGUGCACACUGCUACCUCCUUGGUGGCCAACUGGGUGCUAAGGACCAUGGUCAGUUGCCCACCCAGUGGGCCUGAGGCUACAGGACUCCUCAGCUGGCUCAAGAGCCACAUUUUGCCGCAGCCGGUGGUCGUGGCUGACCUUCUCAGGGACAGCACAGUGAGGAGUGGCCUCUUUAAGCUGUACAGCCGGCUGUGUGGGGCUGAGGGGCUGGUGGAGCCUGCACAGGGGGUCACCUAUCUGUUCAACACGGUCAUGCUGCAGCUGGUGGCCGCCCAAGGCCCCGUGAGGAACCCCUUUCACCUGGCCAUUGAAGCCCUGUGCCUCACUUCUCUGACAGAAGAGGAUGAAGCCAUGAGAGGUGCUGCUGCCUUCCUGGUGUCUCUGUACAUCAAGGACCUCUGGCUGGGAGCCCCGCGGCCAGAUACCCUCUUGGCCCACACCCAAAUGAUCUGUGAUGCCACAGAGGAAGCACCAAGUGGUAGUGACAAAAGCCAGGCCCCAGAGGAUGCCAUCUUUGUGCUCUGCAAGGACAUCGCCACCUCUGCUGCAGAUGCUUGA